AUGGCACUCGGCGCACUCCACCACUCUCUAGUCACCAUUGCUCAGAAUGGGGACUAUCAACUCCGUGAUGCUGCUGCUAAUGUGGUGCAAGAAUACACAUCCUCGCAGGUCGAAAGGCACUCGAGUGGCCCUGCUUUCCUAUCUGGGCAAGACCCUUUCCUUUCCGGGAAUGACGCGACCCGCUCCGGUGGCGCUUCGCUUAACAAAACUGCGGUUCGCGCCGGUUCGUCUACUACCGCGUCUGUCUCGGCGCCUGCGAACCCUACGGUAAAAUCAGCCACCGCGUCGGCUUUCCCUAGCCCAACGAUUGCCGCUUCCGGCCCAUCCACGGUAACGCCGAUCGCCUCGGCCCAGCCUCGGGGAAGCUCGGUCACCGUCAAUAAAAUCACGCGUAAAGCGCGAGCCACUGCGGAGAAGAACAAGGACGUCGUCGAGGCUAACCGCAUGGACACCAAUUGA